GAUUUUGACCUCUUGUUUGCUGGGCUGAAGCUCGAUUCUUAUCAGAAGCUUAAGCAGCAGCUUUUCUCUAGUCAUGUACAAUCUACAUUCACUAAGUACUUACCUCAACAUGCUUCUGCACCUUAUCUUCGCUUGCCUUCUCCACUGUGCGUAUCCCAACAAUAUACACUUCAGAAGCACAGGCUCUUUUCAAUGCGCGCACAAUGUCGUUAUCAACGCAAAGGGACUGGCGUCUAUGAUUCGCUCCUUUGGAAUGAUGGCCAACCCAUGGAUCACAAUACCUUUUGAGCACAAGAGUUGGCACACACCAGCGAAGGGGUACCCCGAGUGCAAGCAUUCAGAUUACCUGGUGAGUCGUAGUAAGCCACGUGGAUGAUGAUGGAAGCUGACGACAGAUGAACUUUGAAAUCGUUCCACCGGGCCUUGGAGAGACUGCUGUACGUCAAAUGCACAUCUUGGGGUACAGGACCCCGUCUGGCGAUGUUACAUUUUGUGGGUUGAGGAUGCAGACGGAUCAUAUGAGAGGCCCAUACACGGAGUGUACGUGGUCGCCACUUACACGCAACAAUGGCUUUGGUGAUUUGAAGUGAAGGCCCCUCCCGCACACAAAUACAUCGUAGAGAUAGCUGCAGUAUUGACACUGUAUUGUUGAUUUGGG